AACGAUCUUCGACCACACACGCCCAGCCUCAGCACCAGCGCAUCCUUUCUCCACGGGGUUUGGGUUGUCCCCCCCUCUGUCCGCACCAACAUUACAAGAAACCAUGAGAGGGACGAGGCCUUCGUGAUAAGGACAAACCCUACUGGACCUCGUUCUUCUACUCCUCCCCGAACCUCUCGCGGUUCGUUAUGUCUUUGAGCCUGCUCCCCCUCUCGCCAUGCCCGCAGCUGAACGCUCCGUGCUGCCGCCGCCGCUGCUGCUGCUCUUUCUGCCGUCGUUGCUUUUGAUUCCGUGCCUGGAUGGGGCGCUGAGAGCAGCGGAGGAGGGCGGCGGCCUGCCCUCCUCCUCGCCCGGGGACAAUGGCCUCACCAUUGCGGUCGGAGACCAGUCUGUCACCGACCCGAGCGCCCCGGGGCGACUCCUCAGCCCCUCCGCUGCGAUAGAAGAGCCCCAGUUUGCCCUGAAGGUGCUGGUGAGGGACCUAGUGACCCGUCAGGCGCUGCUGGGUGCUUCAGUGGACGUUUACGUAAACCACACCCUGAGGAGUUCUGCCCAAACAGACGAGAAGGGUGAGGUUCUGCUCUGGGUGACGUACAGUCCCGGCCUCAGUCUGACUCUGCUGGGCACCAUGGAGGGCUACGCCCCCAGACCCGUGCCCUGGAGCACCGCCAAGAGGCCAAUUUUCUCUGCUGUGACGUUGCUGCUGCUCCCUCACAGUCAGGGGAACAUCUGGCUGUUUGAAGACUCAGUACUCAUCACAGGGAAGUUACCUGACAGCUCAUCCCAACCCAAGGUUAAGUUCCCCAAGAACCUCCUCACAAUGUCUGAUAAGAGCAACGUCUCCUCGGUGACAGCGUACCUGACUGUACCACAGCACCACCUAGCGAAAGACUGUGCCAACUGCACUCCAGGCAUCAUCAGCAAAAAAUCAUUGGUCCAAAUCGUCGAGCUGAAGGCGCUGGCGGCCGUCAAUGUCCUGCUGUACUCUGGCGGUGAGGAGCUCCAGGUUCGAGGGCCCAUUCAAAUCAGCCUUCCCCUGGGACAUGGCACGCACCUCAGGGCCUCCGACACUGUGCCAGCCUGGGCCUUUAACCUAAAGACAGGUGCCUGGGAGAACCAGGGUCUGGGGAUAGUGAAAACGGUUGGCGAUGAGCUGGUUUGGACCUACACCGCUUCCCAUCUGGGCUACUGGAUCGCUGCCCCUCUUCCCUCAUCACACGAUAACCUGGGACAUGGAAGCUCCAUUGAUUUCAUAUCACACCACACCUACCUGUUGAUGGGAAUACUGGGAGCCAUGCUGGCUAUAGUGAUUGGACUUCUUUCCUUGCUGCUGUGUCACUGCGGGAGAAGUUCUUAUCGAGAGCCCAGGAGGGGGAGGGGAGCACGCUUUUCCAAACUCACAGUGGUGAAAAAAGACCAAACCACCUCCACCCACAUGGAAGAGGGUUUGUUGUUCCGUUCUGGCGACAACGGCCUCGCUUCCUGCAGCGUCCAGUGUGAACCGUCGUCCACGCCGAGGCACAAAGCCAACUACAACAUCUAUGUGGAGGAUCCAGGGAGUCGCCCCGCGGCUCCUCUUUAUGAGAACAUUGCUCUGGAUCGGAUCAAAGGGCCCCAGCCGACGUCUCACUACAUUAACAGCGAAGAGGUGGCCCGGCUUCGGGAGAAGUCAGAGCAGAUUCGGGUCAACAUAAACUCUGACAACUUCUUUCCAGAUAAGCUGCUUCAUAUUUACAACCAGCCAGUGGCUAUUAUUCAGGCGCCGGAGCUUUUCGGUGCUCAGGAGCAGCAACUAUCAGGCUGCAAGUCUGCUACUUUCCCCCGCAAUGGAGUUGACUAUGAUGCUCACUCAGAGCCUGCAAGUAAAGACAGCUACACCCAGACACUACCCAAAGUCCCUCACCACCACUCCCAAGGAGGGAGCAGCCCACAGCAGAGCAGCCAAGAUGAGCCCCAGCCUCUGGAGACUCCUCCGCAAGGCCAAGGCCCUAACGCUGUCGUGUGGGGACGCUACAGUAACCUCCUGGAAUCCUCCGUCUCAGUCCCUGGGACUCUUAAUGAGGCGGCUGGUAUGGAGGCCUUCAGCAGUGGGCAUGGUGUACCCAGCGAGCUGCAGGGGAUUUCAGAGCGCACCUUGCUAGAGCUGACCCGGGGCAAGUCUCACCCCAGGGCCUGGUUUGUCUCCUUAGACGGGAAGCCGGCCGCCCAGGUCCGCCACUCCAUUAUCGAGCUCCAGAGCCGCCACCGCCCGCCGAGCAGCAACGACACCAGCCUGGACUCUGGGGUGGACAUGAACGAGCCUCAGCAUAACAUCCGCGAGACGGAGCGCGACAGGCGCUCCAUCAGGGCCUCUUCCCUGCCGCACCACAGCCGAGGAGGGCGUUAUGGUGAGGAGCAGGACCUGAGCAGUAGCGAGAGUGGCACGACAGCCACCUGUACGCCAGAGGACCCUUCCCUGAGGAACAUUUUAGACGGUAGCAGCGGGGCUAUUCCUAACAUUCCUGAAGAGCGAGACGGGAUGGAUACGUCCAGCGCUCAGGAGGACAGCGAGUCCAGAGGUACGCCGCCUCCGCGGCGCCUGAGGAAGGUCAGAGAGAAAAGCAAGACUGAAAAGAGGAGUGCCAAGCAUGUCCGCGAGGGGAGACCUCUGACCAAGCGCAGUUAGGGCACAGCUUGUUGCAAACAUCAAGCCUUUUUUCAUCAGUGCUUAAUUUAAGUGUCCCAUUAACCAUUUCACCCACACUGAGCUAUUUUCAUCACAUGGCGUCAUCAGUGCUGAGUGAUCCAAAUUAGUUUUCACCACUUGUGCUCACGCAGGCAUCGUUGUUGUUGAGUUAUGUGAUUGUACAACUUUGCCAAAGAAUGCAUACGCUCCAAAAAAUAAAGCAGGAUCUAUUGUCGUGUUGAAGCAUCAUGUAACUGCUGUUAAGACACGUUUGUGUGCACCAUGUUGUUUCAUUCUCCAGAAUCUAAAGAUCACCAGCGAGAUUCUUCACAUGAAAAUGUCCGUGUGAAUACGAUGUCCCAUAGUCCCCAGUGCUGGCAUUAUAAAGGGUGCCUUCUUACUGCCUGUAAUCAUUAAAUAUGGUCACAGUAUUUGACUAUAUUUUGUCAAAUCUGGUGAGUUUGCAGGAUGGACACAGACACAGGUCUGUGCGUAAUGCACUUAUCCUCAUCAUAAAUGCCUGCUGUAAAAUUAAAUAAGAUAUAGAAGCUUUCCCAGUUUGCAGUACUGACAUCUCGUUUCGAUCAUUCUGCCUCAUUUAUAUCGGAAUCAGCUUUGUCCGAACAAUGAAUGACUGAUCGUCUUAACUUUCUGCCUGUCACAGACUCCAAUGGAUUUUUGGAGUUAAAACACUGAUGUACAUUGUAAAGCUAAGUUUCCAUUUACAUACCUGAUAUUCAAGGUUUUAAGCCUACGAUUAUUUUAGAAUGCAUGAAAAUGAAUGUUUCCUUGUGUGUAUGAAAA